GGUACAUAAAGUGGAAGGCGCAGGCCCAUCGCACAGUCGCCAGGACUAAGUGGAGCGAGUGAAAGUGGUGAUAGCUUUUUCUCUUUCUAUCACCAAAGGCGGCGGGCGCAGUGGUCACUCCGCUUCCUUUGCCAACACAGGAUCGACCUGCUAUCACGAUGCGUUGGUUGAUUGUACUAGCGAGUUUGGUGUGCAUAGUGUGGUGCCACACCACGGAGACACCGGAGUCGAAGGGCGUGGUCGACUGGAUCAACGGAUGGUUCUCCUCCACCAGCCCCCCAGCAAUACCCUCCAAUGAUCCGCCAGAAGAUUGUCCAGAAUGCCAUUGCGGCAUAGCGCGCACGCGGCGACGCAUCGUGGGCGGCUACGAGACGGUUAAGCUUGAGAUGCUGUGGAUGGCGGUGCUGAUGUACGGCGGCCGCUUUUACUGCGGCGGCUCCCUCAUCAACGACCUGUAUGUGCUCACCGCCGCGCACUGCACCGCAGGUUUUCGAAAGGAAAAGAUCACCGUGCGUUUCCUGGAGCACGACCGGUCCAUGCCCAACGAGACGAGGACCAUCGACCGGAAGGUGUCUGCCAUCAUCAGACAUCUGCGAUACAACCCUGGCACUUACGACAAUGACAUCGCAUUGCUGAGGCUCGACAAACGGAUGGACCUCAGUACCGCGAUAAAGCGUGCUCGCGACGAUGAGGACUUGGACUUGGACAACAUCAAGCCCAGCCCGGUGUGCCUGCCCACGCGUGGGCUAUCCUUCAGCAACCACAGCGCCGUCGUCUCCGGAUGGGGCACCACGGAAGAGGGUGGAAGCGUUUCGAGUACUUUGCAGGAGGUCUACGUCCCAAUAAUGUCGAACUCGGACUGCAAACAGACGAGCUAUAAACAGCGUAUCACGGAGAACAUGCUGUGCGCCGGCUACCCUGACGGUGGUAAGGACGCCUGCCAGGGAGACUCCGGUGGCCCUCUCCAUGUCCUGAAUACCACCACCAACAAGUAUCAGGAAGUCGGUGUGGUAUCCUGGGGCGAAGGCUGUGCCAGACCCGACAAGCCCGGAGUAUAUACGCGAGUCAACAGAUACCUGACCUGGAUUAAGAGCAAUACCAAGGACGCCUGCUAUUGUAAAUAGACUACGUGACGUUGCUGGAGAGAAAUAUGGAAUUUCUAUUUCGGAUUGGCUCAGCUUAAAACCGAUUUG